AGCUCCCAAGUUUCCCAGCACUGUGGAGGUUGGUUGCAUUGUUGCUUGGUAACUGAUAGAGCUGGGGGCGGGGUUAAUAAAGCUUUUUAUUUUUUUAACUUACUCUCGCGAGAGCGUACUAUUAAGUAGAUGUCUUGAGAGAGUGUGAUCGUUUGGUAACCGGAAAACGUUGCAGUGAUUAACGCUUUCAUCCCUGUAUCUCCCCAGGACCUCCUUAGAACCAUAAAUUGAAGUGUAAGCUUUAUUUUUCUUUUAACAUUCGCCACAGACAACGAAUGGACCCCCUGUCGUAACAAGAGGCCUGGAUCGCUAUGUUAUGGUCCUCUUGAAGAACCAAGGAGGAAAAUUGCACCAGCAAAAAACUGAGUCAUGAAAAGUGUGAAAAGAUGCAAAGGUUCCAUAUAAUUUGUUCAGGGACAGAGGCUUUUACACUGGAGGGGCUGACCAGCCGGACACGGGUGCGGGAACUCCAGUGCCAAAUUGCCGCCAUCACCGGGAUCGCCCCCGGCGGUCAGCGAAUCCUGGUUGGAUUUCCGCCAGAGUGCCUGGAUCUUAGCGAUGGGGAUACCAUUCUAGAGGACUUGCCCAUCCAAUCAGGAGACAUGCUGAUUGUUGAAGAAGACCAAACCAAGCCCAAAACUUCAACUGCAUUUACCAUACAUGGUGCUCCUAGUUACGUCAGGGAUGCUUUGCCUGUGCUUACCAGAACUGCGGUCCCAGCAGACAACUCCUGCCUCUUUACCAGUGUGUACUAUGUCGUUGAAGGAGGAGUCUUGAAUCCAGCUUGUGCCCCUGAGAUGAGACGCCUCAUAGCACAAAUUGUAGCAAGUGAUACAGACUUCUACAGUGAGGCAAUACUGGGAAAAACAAAUCAGGAAUAUUGUGACUGGAUCAAAAGGGAUGAUACUUGGGGAGGAGCAAUUGAGAUAUCGAUUUUGUCUAAGUUUUAUCAAUGUGAAAUAUGUGUAGUGGAUACACAGACAGUAAGAAUUGAUCGUUUUGGGGAAGAUGCAGGAUAUACCAAAAGGGUCCUGCUUAUUUAUGAUGGCAUCCAUUAUGAUCCACUUCAGCGUACCUUCCCUGAUCCAGAUACACCACCUCUGACCAUUUUCUCCUCUAACGAUGAUAUUGUUCUUGUACAAGCACUGGAAUUAGCAGAUGAAGCUAGAAGGAGGAGACAGUUUACUGAUGUAAACCGCUUCACCCUAAGAUGCAUGAUAUGUCAGAAGGGAUUAAUUGGACAAGCAGAAGCAAGGGAACAUGCCAAGGAGACAGGCCAUACCAACUUUGGAGAAGUGUGAUCUUUACAUAAAUGAGGGUUGAAGCCAGCUACCUCACAGAUCCAGAAGGCUCUGGGUUUUCUAAUAAGCUAUUCGUAACCUUAAAGAACAAAAAGACGCAAUGCUUGAACCAUCCUUUUAACUUAAAACCACUAAGACACUAAAAUUCCUUGUUAAGAUUAAAAUUAGUGUGCAAGUUUACAGAUGUGUGUCUACUGUGGUGAUACAUGCCCUGUUUCUGCUGGAGUGACAGUGGGACCA